AUGCGUGCCUCGUCGAUCUUCUUCUUGGCUGCCCAGCUCUCGGCCGUCUGGGCUCUGCCCGCUCCGGCCCCGGCAACCAAUGCGCUCUCGGCCGAUGCGGCCAAGGCUGGAGAGGCCAAGGCUCCUGGUGGUGCCGCCGAAGGUGAAAAGAAGGAAGAGGAAAAGAAGAACGAGAAGGACGUCCCUGGCCAGUUUGGCGUCGCGGUGGCACUGGAAGCCGGAGCCACCAAGCAGGACGUCAAGUACCCAGCCGGGAAAAACGGUGUCCUCGAGAUCGAGUUCCAAAACGACGCAUCGGGCCGCACUCUCAUGGUGACGGAGAACAAGACCCCGGCGCCCCCUCCGGAGGGCUUCGUCGCCCUCGAGCCAUCUUCGUACAAGGUGUCGCUUACCGAGGGCGCCGAUAACAUUAAGCUGCAGCAGGUUGACUACAUCAGGAACACCAACAGCACGGUCGACAUCCGCAAAGGCAAGAUCGGCAAGCUCUGCACCGAGCUCAACGCCUUCGUCAUCGACAAGAACGUCGGCGAGCUCGAGUUCGAGGAGGACGAGAACGAGCUCAAGCUCGUGGUCAAGAACAUGAUCGGCGAGUGGGGCAUCUUCAUCCCUCAGGCCUCCAAUUCUACUCCUGCUACUGGCGCCGGUGCCGAAGCCGGCAAGGGAACCGGAGCUGGAACUGGUACUGGUACUGGUUCGAACUUGUCCAUGGUCGACGUCCUCCGCCAGCUCCUGGGACUGGCCUAA